AUGCAACCCAUGACGUUGACCUGCCGGAUUGCAAACUCGGUGGCGGAUAUGGACACGCGUUCCAGCUUUUUCGGCCAGCUCUUCCAGCUAUACUCAAAGGAGCUCGGGGCAGCCAGCGACCGAGACGAGUUCGUGUUCGUGGGUCCCGACAGGCACCUCAGGUACGAGGAGUUCUCGUCCUUCCGCGCGGUGAUCUUUCUGCCCUGGCACCUCCUCUGGCAACCCCUGGCCUUCAUGCACUUCUACGCCGUCGCGGUCCCCCUGCUCGUGCCGAGCGGCCGCCUCAUGUACACGCUGGAGGCCAACCUCCACUUCUUCCGGCAGGACGCCACGUGCACUUUCCAGGGUGGGACGGGCACCGCCAGUUCCUGGACAUCCCGGAGAAGAUGCCCUCACCCCUCUGGGACAGGAAGGGCAUCGUGCUCGAGAACGAGCAGUUCCUGUUCUGGUGGGAGCUCUCGCAGAUGA